AUGGACUACACGCAGUAUCACGCCCUGGGCCACGGCGAGGUCCUCGACCCCAACGACCCCAACAAGACGUCCGCUCCAGCGGCUCCCCAGUUCCAGCCCCCCUCCUCGCCCUACGUGCCACCGGGCUCCCCUUACGGCGCUCCCCCGUACCAUGGCGGCCACCAAGCUCCUCCCAUGGCAAUGCCGCCUCCGUCGACGCCCGGCUACGGCCCGCCGCAGGGCCAGAGCUUCCCCGGGUCUCCGAUGCCGUCGCAGGAUGCUGGCCUUGCCGCGCAGUUUGGCGGGAUGAGCCUGGGUGCGGAUGCGGGAGGCGCCGCCGCGAGGAAGAAGAAGAAGGACAGGCACGCGUACCACAGCGUGGAGCCGACGGGCUCGUCGCAGGCCUUCAAUGGCCUGCCGCCGGGGACGCCCGCCGAGCAGUUCCUCAACGUCAACAACCCGCAGGGCAUCCCGGCGCUGGGAGGGCAGUUUGGAAGCCCUCUGGCCAGCCCCAUGGGCACGCCUCACAUGGCCAAUCCGGGCCAGUUCCCGGCGCCAACCUCUCCCUUCACCCCCUCGGCCCCUGUGUCGCCGGCCGAGUUCGCAUCCAGGUUUGGCUCUCCCGACGCUGCCACGUCAAUAGGCUCGGCUGGCCCCAGCCAGGUGUCGCCAGACGACAUGCCCAGCAUACCCGCCUCGAGGGACGCCAUCCAGGAGCACUUUUUUAAGAACGUUUACCCGACCUUCGAGCGCCAUGUGCCCCCUCCUGCGACGGUUUCCUUUGUUGCCUUCGACCAAGGCAAUGCCUCUCCCAAAUUCACCCGACUCACCCUCAACAACAUCCCAACCACAGCCGAGGGCCUCCAUGCGACGGGCUUGCCCCUGGGCAUGCUCAUCCAGCCUCUGGCCCCACUUCAAGCGGGAGAGGCCGAGAUUCCCGUUCUCGACUUUGGCGACGCCGGCCCGCCUCGAUGUCGAAGAUGCCGGGCUUAUAUCAACCCCUUCAUGAUGUUCCGAUCGGGCGGCAACAAGUUCGUGUGCAACCUCUGCUCGUACCCCAACGAAACGCCGCCCGAGUACUUUUGCGCCGUCAGCCCACAGGGAGUGCGCCUAGAUCGAGACCAGCGGCCGGAGCUUCACCGCGGUACCGUCGAGUUCGUCGUCCCCAAGGAGUACUGGACCCGAGAGCCCGUCGGCCUCCGCUGGCUGUUUGUCAUCGACGUCACGCAGGAAUCCUAUAACAAGGGCUUCAUGGAGACAUUCUGCGAGGGCAUCCUCGCGGCCCUCUACGGCGGCAACGACGAGGAGAAUGAUGAAGAUGGCGAGCCAAAGCGAAGGAUACCCAAGGGAGCCAAGGUUGGGUUCAUCACGUACGACAAGGACAUUCACUUUUACAACAUCAACCCUCAUCUGGAUCAAGCGCACAUGAUGAUCAUGCCCGACCUCGAAGACCCAUUCCUCCCCCUCGGCGAGGGCCUCUUUGUCGACCCGUACGAGUCAAAGGCCAUCAUCACCUCUCUCCUCACCCGCCUCCCCGAGAUGUUCUCCACCAUCAAAAACCCCGAGCCCGCUCUGCUUGCCACGCUCAAUGCCGCCGUGGCUGCGCUGGAGGCAACGGGAGGUAAAGUCGUGUGCUCGUGCUCGACCUUGCCUACCUGGGGCCCUGGCCGACUGUUCAUGCGCGACGACGGCAACCAUCCCGGUGGCGAGCUGGACAAGAAGCUGUAUACGACGGAACACCCCGCGUGGAAGAAGGUCUCGGAGAAGAUGGCUUCGUCCGGCAUUGGUGUCGACUUCUUCCUUGCUGCGCCCUCCGGCGGCUACCUGGACAUUGCGACGAUAGGCCAUGUCGCCGCCACGACUGGUGGAGAGACGUUCUACUACCCCAACUUCAUCGCCCCGCGAGACGGUGCCCGGCUGUCAAUGGAGAUUACGCACGCCAUCACGAGGGAAACGGGCUUCCAGGCGCUGAUGAAGGUCCGCUGCUCGACCGGGCUGCAGGUGGCGGCGUACCACGGCAACUUUGUCCAGCACACCUUUGGGGCAGACCUGGAGAUUGGCGUCAUUGACGCGGACAAGGCGCUCGGCGUGUCGUUUAGCCACGACGGUAAACUGGAUCCCAAGCUGGACGCCCACUUCCAGACGGCUCUCCUGUACACGACCGCGUCCGGACAGCGACGCGUGCGAUGUUCCAACGUGAUUGCCAGCGUCAGCGACACCUCCAAGGAGUCCAACACCAAGGAGCUGGCCAUUCGGCAGUGCCUCAAGUUUGUCGACCAGGACGCGGUUGUGGGUAUCUUUGCAAAAGAAGCCAGCACCAAGCUCGCCACGACAUCGGCCAAUCUCCAGGAUGUGCGAAACUGGCUGACGGAGCGAACAAUCGACAUCAUGGCCUACUACAAGAAGCACUCUGCCAAUCAGUUCCCUCCGAGCCAGCUGGUCAUGCCCGAACGGCUGAAGGAGUUCUGCAUGUACAUGCUAGGCAUGUUGAAAUGCAGAGCUUUCAAGGGCGGUAUCGAGAACUCGGAUCGCAGAGUGCACGAGCUGCGCAUGGUCCGCAGCAUGGGCCCGCUGGAGCUUAGCCUGUAUCUGUACCCCCGGAUGAUUGCUCUGCACAACCUCCAGCCCGAAGAGGGCUUUGCCGACCCCGAAACAGGCCACCUCAAGAUGCCCCCGUCCGUGCGGACGUCCUUUUCACGGGUCGAGCCGGGUGGCGUCUACCUGGUGGACAACGGACAGCAGUGCUUGCUGUGGUUUCACGCCCAGACGUCGCCCAACCUCAUCACCGACCUGUUUGGCGAGGGCCACGACUCGCUCAAGGGGCUGGAUCCGUACACGUCCACGCUGCCGGUGCUGGAGACGCAUCUCAGCGCACAGGUCCGCAACAUUAUUGAGUUCCUCAAAAGCAUGAGGGGAUCCAAGGGCAUGACGAUACAGCUGGCGCGGCAGGGGAUUGACGGCGCCGAGUACGAGUUUGCGCGGAUGUUGGUGGAGGAUCGCAACAAUGAGGCGAAGAGCUACGUUGACUGGCUUGUUCACAUUCACAGAGGAGUUCAGCUGGAGUUGAGCGGACAACGAAAGAAGGAAGGCGAUGGAGAGGCUACCGCCGUAAUGGCCAACUUUGCAGGACUGAGACCGGCCUAUUGGUAG